AUGCCUCCUGCAGUUAAUAAAAAAGGAAAAGUUUAUAAAUAAGGAAUAGCUUAAAAGGAUGUAAUUCCUUCAACAUUUAAAGGACAAAUAAGAGAAGGUAUACAAUUUAAAAUUCCCGAUCAAUGCCAAAUAGUUUCCACAUUAGAAACGCAAUAAGAAGUUGAAUAUAGAAUUAAAAAUAUGAAAACCGAAAAUGAAAAAAAAAACACUGGUAUUGGUAAAAAAGGUGCUAAAAAAGAUGAAAAUAAUGAUACUUAGCCUUAAUUAAUAAAAGAAAUUCGACUUUCAAAUAUAGAUAUGUCUUUUAAUGUCCCAGAUGAUUCUAAAUGGAUUGCUUCUUAACUAUAAAUGAUUAAAGAUAGAAAUAUAUGUGAUUGUUAUACUAAUAAACCUAUAUGGACAAAAAUAUUUCCUUAAUAAGACAAUAUACCUGCAUUUAAUUAAAGUGGAAAAUAUUGGGUAAAACUCUAUUAUAUGGGAAAAGAGAGAAAGAUAGAAAUAGAUGAUAAAAUGCCUGUAAAUUUUAACGGGUAAUGCAUAUUUCCUCGAUCUGUAAAAAAGGAAGAAAUAUGGACCUUUAUAUUUUCAAAAGCAAUACUAAAAGUGAUUGAAAUGAGUUCUAAUGUGUUAAAUAUUCGAUCUUUGGUUGGAUCUGGAUUUAUAAUGUAUUCUUUAACUGGUUUAUAGUCUUAAUGUGUUCCUAUUCAUAUUCAAGAUAGUGAAUAAGUUUAGUUUAUUAAAGAUUUAUUGUCCGAUAAACAUUUUUCCAAUAGGGAUAUUUACGUUAGUUGCUAUGCUGGUGUUUAAAUGGUAGAAAUACGAUAAUCUUCUUUUCAGUAUAGUAGUGAUAAAAAAUUUCAAAUUAAUUAAGAUAUUCUGGAAAAUGAAAAUUAUAAUAAUGAUAGUGCGACUAAUAGAAGAAAAUAAAGAAAUUUAACUGUCGGAGGAUUAAAUUAAGUCUAAAUGUAAAUGCUUGAAAAUUUAAAAUUAGAAAAUGUUCCAUUAUUACAUGAAAAUGAAUAUGAAGGACACGAAAAUAAUGACACAAAUGAAGAAACAUAAUCAGAUAAUUAUUAAAGCCCUGUAAAGAAAAAAUCAAAGGCAAAUUCUUUAUCAUAAUAAGUUAGUUAAUUAUUAAGUAUUAAUAAGUAUAAUUAAGAUAAUAAACCUAAUUAUGUUAUUCCUGGUUUCGCAUAUCCGGUUGUCGAAUGCUUUUAUAAUGAUUAAUUUAAUAUGGUUUUCGCAUAGAAGAAAUCUGAUAAUGAGAUUAAAUAUAGAAAGGAAUAUAAUGAUAUUCUUAGUAAAAAUAUAAAUAAAAUGAGUAAAGAAUAAAAAAUCGAAACUAGAAAACGAAAAAAAGAAUUAAAAGAUAAAAUUUUUGAAGAAGAAAAAAAAAGAUUAGAACUUAUUAAUAAACCACCAAUUUAAUAUUUAUUCUUUAAAAUUAAAACUGGAGUUUCUAAAGUUCCUCUUUUAAAUAUUUUUUCUUGUUUUACACAUGAUGAGUUGAAUAUAGCUAAAACAUGUAUUUUAAAUAAUGUAAUUUUUUAAUUUAAAAUCAUUAUUUUUAUUUUAUUUUUUGCUUUAAAAAAAAAGUUAACAAAACCUCCUAAUUAUUAAGAAAAUUCAGAAAUAAAAGAUGACUCAAAAUAAAUUAUGUCUUAAAUAUAAAAAAAUGCUAAUUCAGAAAACUUUUUAUAAACGAAAACAUUAAAUGACUUUUCUUCAGUAUAAAAUUUAUUAUAACCCGUAAAUAGAGGUUUAGGAGGAUUAUGGGUUUAGGAUAUUGAUAUUUAAAACAUAUUUUAACAUUUCCAAAUAUAUUAUAAUCCAAAUAAAUUCUAUUAUAAUAAAAUAGUUAAUGUUUCAUAAUCUGAAGAAUUCGAAUUUACAAUAGGAGAAGAAAGCGAAGUACUUAUAAUAGAAAGAAAUACAAACGAUGAAGAAAACAAUAAUACGAUAUCUUUAUUAUUUAGUUUUAUUUUUAAAGAAUCAAAAACUGCAAAAAUAGUCCCUGAUCCUUAUUGUAUAUUGUAAAAGUUUAACUUUUAAUAAUUUUGUAGUUAUUAUGAAUACCCUCUAUUUAAAGAAAAUUAAAGUUGCUAAUUAUUAAAAUUGGAAAAUAAAAAUCAUGUUUUUAAAAUUUAAGCCUAUACUCCCGUUGCUUAUUCUUUAAGUAUUUCUUCUAAUAAUAAUUUUAGAACUUGUUCUAUUGCUAAUUAUCUUACUGAAUAUGAAGGUUAUUAAUUAAAAUCUUUUAAUAUAGAUUAUAAUGCUUUUGAAUAAAAUAAAUAUAAUAUGCUUUUUAGAUUUAGAAUAUAAAAAUAAGCCAAUGAAAGCUCUUUUGUAUUAAAAUUAAAAUGCAAAAAUGAUAAACAACUUUUGAAAUAUAUGACACUGAAAGUUAAAGAAUAGAAUGAUUAAGAAGACAACGAAAUGUUAACUACAAUAGAAGGAGUACAUAAAAACUUAUAUGAAAAUUCGUAUAUGAUAUCGUCUUAUUUAAGAAUCUAAUUAAAAUAAAACACUACUUAUUAUAUUAUUUUAGAAGGAUUAGUUCCCUAUAAUGCGCCUGAAGGUAUUCUAUAAACAGACUUUUACACAAAAGAUUAACUAGAGUUCAUAAAUAUAGAACAUUUAGAACCUAUAAAGUACGUAGAUAAGUACGUUCCUUCAAAAUACGGAAUUAUUUUUAGGGAAAAAAUAUUUGUUUCAGAAUUAACAAUUGUAACUUUAAAUUUGAGAAUUGCAGAAUUAAUAAAUAAUUAAUAAGGAGGAGGAAAUAAUAUAGAUAAUAAAAAAAAAGGGAAAGAUUAAUAAUAAUUUUUAGAUUUUUAAGAAAAAAUUAUAAUCGAAAAAAUUAAUAUAAAAUUAGAACUUUUAGAAGAUGGAAUUACUGUAAUUUAUAGUUAUGGACUCAAUUAAGCUUUAAUUUCUAAUAUUAUUUUAAAACCUAAUAAAAAUUAAAAUAAAUCUUAUAUUUUAUAAGCUACUUUUGAUUUAAAUGAAUGGCCUUAUGCAAAAAGUUUGAAUGAAAAAACAGAAAAUAUUUAUUGGUUUUUGAAAGUUUUUAGUUCAGAAACUUUAGUUUUUGCUAAGGACACCGAUAAAGAAGAAAAAUAAAAAGAAGUUAUAAAAAGCUGGGAAGACAAAGAAUAAGGAAGAGCUGAAAAAGCUAAAAAAUCUAGAAAAAAAUAUCAAAUUCUAUUAAAAAAAAAAAAGGAAUUGAACUAUCUGAUGAAGAACUGCUCAUAAUAAACGAACCUAGAUUAAAUAAAUUACAAAGAGAAGAAAGAAAAAAUAUAAGACUGUUUAGCAAAUUUUAAUAUUGAUUUGCUUAAAGAUUGUUUUGAAAAUUUCAAAAAAUACUCAGUUUAAGGAAUUGAAUAGGAAAUUAUUGAUAAAAUGGAUAAAAUUUUAGAAGAAGCAGAAAAUAAUCCUAAUUUUUAGAUAGAAAAAUAAGCUGAAUUAAAAAAAGCAGUCUAUAUAAAAGAAUAGAAAAUUUUAAUGAAUAUUGAAUUCUGUAAAAACUUACAAAUUCCUGAAGCAUUUGAAGUCUUUUAGGAGACAUGA